AUGUCAGAUCUAGCAGAAACAUUUCAAAAUGAUAUUUCACAAAUAUUUAAUGAACGUGGUUUACUUCGAACGGAAUUAAUUGCUAAAGAAAAACUUCUUACUGAUGCCAUUUUACAAAAAAAUACACUUAAUCAAAGUUUAAAACAACUUCGUAGUGAAAAAGAUGAAUUAUUUGUGAAUACUCAAAAAUUAAAACAAGAAAAACUUGCUGCUGAAGCAGAAAAAAGUGCAAGUACAAUCCAUGUUACAAUUCUUAAAGAAGAAAAAGGUAUAUUAGAACAAAAAUUAUAUCAAAUAACACAAUAUUAUGAAGAAUCACGUUUACAAAUCGAUGAAUUAAAUCGACAAAAUAUAGCACUUCAAAAUCAAAAACACAAUCAAUAUACAACACCAAUACAACAGACACAUGAUCAUUCCUAUGAAUUAGAUGAUCUUAAAAAACGCAAUACAGAACUUGAACAAUCACGAGAAAAUUUAGUCGAUAGGCAUAAACAUGAAUUACAAUUAAUAAAUAAUGAAUCAAAUGCAAAAGAUGAUCAAAUCAUUAGUCUUCAACAAUUGAUUUCCAAAUAUGAACAAAAACUUGAAGCAAAUGAUAAAGAUAAAAAAGAACUUGAACAACGUAUUCAAGAUAUCAGUCAAUCAUGUCGAUCACAAAUGCCUGAUAAAUUAACUCUUACCAAUGAUGAAUUACGUACAAUUGAAACAGAUCCAAAUAGUGCAUCAAUUCUUGCCAUUUAUCAAUCAUCGAGAAGUCUAUUUGAUAUUCUUGUUGAUUAUGCACUUUUACAAAAACAAAAUGAAACAUUAACGAAUCUUAAUGAAAAAAAUGAUUCUCAACGACGUUAUAAUGAAAAUCUUUUACAUCAAACACAAUCAGAAUUACAACAAUUUAAAAUUCAAAAUGAACGUUUACAAUAUUUAGCUGAUAAUCGUCAAACAGAAUAUGAACAAGCUAUACGUGAUAAACAAACAUUAUUUAAAGAAAAAAUUGAUUUAGAUAGACAAUUACAACAAAAACUUCGAGAUUAUGAUGAUUGUUUAGAUGAUAGAAAUAAUAUGCGUGCACAAAUAUUUCAUUUACUUGAAAAUGGUAAUAUUAAAGGACAAUUACGUUCUUUACCGCCAAUGAUGGACAAUGAAAUAAUUGUACGACAAGGUGUUGUGACAUUUAAUAGUAUUGAAGAACUUUAUGAACAGUAUAUGAAAACAUUAGCUGAUAUACGUGAAACAGAUAGAUUUAUAGUUGAAUUAGAAGAAACACAUACAAAAGAGAUUAAUGAAAUAACACAACGUGAAUUUUCAUUAAAAGAAAAUCUUGAACAACUUCGUGUAAAACUUGAUCAAACACGAACAGAUUUUAAUAUUCAAUCACUUGCUAAACAAGUACUUGAUCGUGAACAAAAUCAUAAUUUACCAAAAAUUUCAACCAAUACAACUCAUAUACAAACAGAUAUGAAUUUAAAUGAUUUAAAAUCAAUUGAAGAUAAUAUUAAACAUUUACAAAGAAUUUUAAAUGAUAAAGAAAUUGAAUUUAAUAAAAUUAAUGAUAAUAUGAAACUUGUUCAACAAAAACUAGAUCAUGCACAAAAACAAAACUUCAUUGAUAAACAAAAAAUUGAUGAUUUUCAACGUAUUGUUGAUGAAAGUCUUCAACGUUCAAAUUCUCUUAUUAAUGAUGUUCAAAUAUCUGAAUCAACAUGUGAACAAUUACGAGAACAAAAUCGAUUAAUUCAAUAUGAAUAUAAUCAAUUAUUAUCUGUUGUAUCAAAUUUAAAAAUUGAUAUUGAAAAACUUCAAAUAGAAAAACAACAAAUGAGUCAAUUACAAGAACAAGUUCUUGAUCGUAUUAAACAAGAUAUGGAAAUAAAAACACAUAGUCAAGAAGAAAAUCUUCUUAAUACUCGAUUACAAGAAUCUGUUGAAGAAUUAAAUUCUAUUAUGAAAGAUUGUGUCAAACAAACUGAAUUAACAAAUGGUACACCAGCUCAUAUUGUUAAUUUAACAAAACUUGAAAUUCUUUAUCGUCAAUUACAACAACGUCAUCAAUAUGAUCUUGAACAACAUUUUGCAAUAACAGAAUCAUUGAAAAUAAAAGCAAAAGAUGCUCAAAAUGAUUUAGUUAAAUUAGAACGUCAAUGUGAAGAGAUACGUUUAAAAUUUGAUGAAGAACAAAUGAAAUCAGCAGCUAAAAUUGCUGAACUGGAAAGUAAAUUACGUAAUGCAGAUACAACAACAGUUUUAACACGUCUUUUACCAUCAGCUACACUUGAAAAUCGUCUUAAAGAAGAAGAAGAACGUACACAACAAUUAAGAAAUUGGACAAAUAAAUUAACAGAAAAAAUAGAACAUAUUCAAAAACAAAUGGGAACAGAUAAAAAAGAGUAUGAAGAAAAAAUGGAAGAAAUGCGUAAAGAAUUACGGGAAACUCGAAAUGAAUAUGAUGAAGCAGAAAAACGUUUUGAAAAUGCUCAAGAAGAAAAACAAAAAUGUUUAAAUGAAUUCAAAGAAAAGGAAGAAGCUCUUGAAAUGGAAAUAUUUCGAUUAAAAACUGAAUUAGAUAGUUCACAAGCAACAAAUACAUCAUUAAAAGAAAUCAUAACAAAUAAAGAAAAUGAUAUUCGAAUUUUACAUGAUCGUAUUGCUGAUUCGGAAACAAAAAUGAUUGAUUUAGAAAAAGAAUUUUUUCAAUUAAAAGAAAAACAAGCUCGACAAACUAAAGAACAUAAUUUACCAAUUAGCGAACCUCCUUCACCACUUAUAAUUCAACAAGAUUUGGGUAUUGAUGAUACUUCAUCAGAUGCGGCUGUUGUCGAUUUAAAAACACCAGCAAAACGUCGUCGAAAUAUGUCGUCUAAUGAACCAACACCAACGAGACCUCGUAUUAUGCGUUCACAAAGUUUUAGUCAUCAAUCAACAGUCAAUGAUGAUGCUGACGAAACAGUUGAUGAUAAUGAUGAUGCUAUGUCCACUUGUUCAGAACCACCAUCAGCCAAAAAACGAAAACGUCGUGGGAAUGAUUUAUCAGCAUUAAGAUUACCAGCUGUUGACGAAGAAGGAGAUAAUGAUAAUGGAGCUAAUUCUCAAGGAAGUUCAGCAGUUACUCCAACAUAUAAUUUACGUUCCAGAGUAAAACGAUUGCCAAAACUUCAACCAAAUCAAACAACAUAA